GCUGAGGCCGGGGGAAGAAACGGGCCCUUACGCUGGCAGCGCAGGGAGCUGACGCAAGGCGGGCGGCGCUUACGCCGGCGGCGCAGGGAGCUGAGGCGGAGCGGGCGGGCGGCGCUUACGCCGGCGGCGCAGGGCGGGCGGCGGUUACGCAGGCGGCGCAGGCGGCCCCGCAGUCCCGGCCAUGAAGUUCCUGUACAAGGAGGAGCAGCCCUUCGAGCGGCGCCGCUGCGAGGGCGAGAAGAUCCGCAAGAAAUACCCGGACCGCGUCCCGGUGAUUGUGGAGAAAGCCCCCAAAGCCCGGAUAGGAGACCUGGACAAGAAGAAAUACCUGGUCCCGUCAGACCUCACCGUCGGACAGUUCUACUUCCUGAUCCGGAAGCGAAUCCACCUAAGGGCUGAGGACGCCUUGUUCUUCUUCGUCAACAACGUCAUCCCCCCGACCAGUGCCACCAUGGGCCAGCUGUACCAGGAGCACCACGAGGAAGACUUCUUCCUCUACAUCGCUUACAGCGACGAGAGCGUCUACGGCAUGUGAGGCGCCGUGCUCCCCCCCGCCACCGGGGGCGCCCUCCUCCCCGAAGGGACCUGCACUUUCUCCUUUUGUUGGUUGAUUUCUGUGAUAAGAGCCUUUCUCCUCCCUGGGGGGGGGGUGGGUGUGUGAGGAUGGGGGGGUACUGUUCUCUGAACACCCCCCCCGUGACCCCCCCCAUCUGCCUAAUUAAAUCCUCCCCAUAUAACCACCCCGUCCUGCUCUGCCUGGGUUUCCUUGGCUAAUCUCCCCCCCCCCCCCCCCGUGAUUUCCUGCCAUGAAGGGUUUUUCCAACCCCCUUGCACCCCCUGACCCCCCCAAAAUCGCUGGCUCCUCAUGACACCCAGCAGGGCCCCGAGCUGCCACCAGGGGGCCCCGUCCGGCCGCGCUUGUAACAUGCUGUGUGGCGGGGGGAAAAGGGGGGGCAUAAUAAAAUGAGAAGGAAAACCCUGA